AUGGUUUCGCGGGGCAACGCCAGCCAUGAAGAUGACGGCCACUACGAUGCGGGGGACGCCCAGUUAGACUCAAACACUGCUCGAUACAGAGGUUCGGAAAAGAAGGGCAAAAUGCGGAUCGUCAUCGAGGACGGCGCCACGAAGGCCGAUGUGCGCCGCAAAAUGGUCAAGGAUGCCGGAAUGGCAGUGAUGCUAUUCGGCCUGGUGUGCGCAUGUUACAUCACAUACUCGUACCUGCAGGAGCUUAUGAUGCGCAUCCCUCUCAUGGGCGACAAAAAAUUCGACUACCCGGUCUUCCUCGCCUUCACCUGCUUCACCACAAACCUCGUCACCACAUCGGUGCUCAUGGGAUCCAUGCAGCUGCGGCUGAACUGGAGGCGCAGGAAGAUGGGUGACUCGGCGGACGGACCUAAGAGUGUGUUCGAGGAUUUUGACAAGAAAGUGGCGUGCCUCGGAAUGCUAGCAGCAACGUCGAAUGUGAUGUCUAUGCUCUCAGCCCUCGCGUCAAUCAAGUAUGUCGGGAUCCCCACUCAAAUCGUCAUCAAAAGCGCCAAAAUGAUACCCGUUCUGAUUGGAGGGUUCCUCAUUUUCGGUAGGAGGUAUCCUGUGUACGACUACAUAGCUGUCUUCGUGAUCACGCUCUGCGUCUUCGGCUUCAACUACUUCAAGCCAAAGGGCAGGAUGGACGGAGAAAACACGCUUGUCGGUAUGCUCAUGUGCUUCUUCUCGCUCUUCUGUGACGGUCUCACCGGGCCGCUCGAGGACAAGAUGCUCGCCACCAAGGACCUCCACCCCUUCAUGCUGCUUUUCUCGCUCAACUUCUUCGGCUUCCCAAUGGCAACCGCUGCGGUGUUCGUAUUCGAGGGCACGACUCCGUUCAAGCUGCUCAUGCAGAACCCGCAGAUAUGGAUGUACCUGGCGCUCCUCUCCCUCACGGCCAGCAUCGGGCAGGUCUUCAUCGUGAUUUGCCUGAAGUUGUACGGCAGCCUCUACACCACCCUCAUCACGACGAUUAGGAAGGUAGCAAGCUCGCUGAUAUCCAUUUUCAUGUUUAACCACUACAUGUCGGUAAUGCAGUGGAUUUCGAUGUCGGGGACAUUCGCUACCCUGUUCAUCAGGCAGUUCUUCAAAUACAAAAUGAACACGAAGAACAGAAGCUCGAAUGGAGACGGGCACUGA